AUGGCCAGUGGCCAGGAGCAGCCGCCGGUGGAGGAGAAGGGGCUGCGCUGCCCGAGCCCCACGGGUCCCGACAGCGAUGCCGACCAGGACGUGAAGCCGAAGCCGCUUCCUCCGGGGGCGGUGGCCGGGCCCCUGCGCGACCGCGACGCCGCAGCCCUUGGCGCCCGGCCAGCGCUGCUGUUCCCGCAGGAAUGCCGGGACGCCGAGCGCCCGCCUGAGCCCGGCGGCGCCAUGCACUGCGACGGGCCCCCRCGCCUGGAGCUGCCCCUGCCAGGCCCCGUACUGGCCCGCAACAUGUCCACCCGCUCCUGCCCGCCGCGCACCGGCCCGGCUCCUGGCCACGACGAGGACACCGACAGCGCGGGGGACGGCCGGAGCUCCGYGCUGAAGCUGCCUAAGAGGAAGGCUCGCCGCAGGCACACGGACGAUCCCAGCCAGGAGUGCUUCACCCUGCGCUUUGACCUCGGUGCCGAAGCUGAGACCGAGAUCGUGCUGGCCACCAAGAAGAAGUCGCUGGGGGAGGUGCUGCUGCCGGUGCUGGAGCGCCGGGGCCUGGAGCCGAGCCGCGUGGACAUCUACCUGGAGCAGUCGAACACGCCGCUGCCGCUGCACUUCGAGGCGUUCCGCCUCGGGGGACACCAGCUGCACGUGCGAGCCAAGCCCGGCGCUGAGCUUCAGGYGGACACGGCGGCCAAGGACGCGCGCUCGGCCAGCCUGCCCAUCCUGUGUGCCCCCGAGGUGCCGGCCCCGGGCCGGCGCCGCAAGAACAUGACCGAGUUCCUGGGUGACGCCAGCAUCCCCGAGCCCCUGCCACUCAGCAGCAGCUCUGCUGCUGCGGCUGUCGCCGGCGGGGACACGUGGAAGAACCGGGCAGCGAGCCGCUUCAGCGGCCUCUUUGGCUCCGGCGCGGGCACCUUGGCACGGGAGGGCGACAAGCUGGAGCAGCUGGCCAGCAAGCUGCACGCGUACAGCGUGUUCGGGCUGCCGCGGCUGCCGCAGCAGCUCCGCUUCCACCGCGACUCCUGGGAGGAGGACGAGGACGAGGAGGGGGGCGAUGACGCCAGCCUGGCCCUGGAGGACAGCUGGCAGGACAUCAUCGCGGGCGCCGAGGCCCUGCCGCGGCGGCAGUGCCACCAGCAGGAGGCCAUCUGGGAGCUGCUGCACACCGAGGCCACCUACAUCCGCAAGCUCAGGGUCAUCACGGACCUCUUCCUGCGCGGCCUGCUCAACCUGCAGGAGUCGGGGUUGCUCUGCGAGGUGGACACCACRCGGCUCUUCAGCAACGUCGGCGAGAUCAUCCGGCUGCACCGCGCGCUCUGGAGCGGCGUCAUGGCCCCGGUGCUGGAGAAGGCGCGUCGCACCCGCGCGCCUCUGGACCCUGUCGACUUCCUCGAGGGCUUCCGCGCGUUCGGCUCGCUCUUCCAGCCCUACGUGCGCUACUGCAUGGAGGAGGAGGGCUGCAUGGAGUACAUGCGGGCGCUGCUGCGCGACAGCGAGCUCUUCCGCGCCUAUGUGGAGUGGGCGGAGAAGCACCAGCAGUGCGGGCGGCUGAAGCUCAGCGACAUGCUGGUGAAGCCCCAUCAGCGCCUCACCAAGUACCCGCUGCUGCUCAAGUCGGUGCUCAAGAAGACGGAGGAGCCGCGGAGCCGCGAGGCCAUUGUGGCCAUGAUCGCCUCCGUGGAGCGUUUCAUCAGCCACGUCAACUCGCGCAUGCGGCAGCGGCAGGAGCGCCAGCGCCUGGCCGCCGUGGCCGCCCGCAUCGGCGCCUACGAGGCCGUGGAGGGCGGCAGCGACGAGGUGGACAAGCUGCUCCGGGAGUUCCUGCGCCUCGACCUGGCUGCGCCCAUCCCCGGCGCCUCCCCGCACGACACGCGGCAGCUGCUGCUCGAGGGCGGCCUGCGCAUGAGGGAGGGCAGGGAUGCCAAGGUGGACGUGCACUGCUUCCUCUUCACUGACCUCUUCCUCAUCACCAAGCCCGCCAAGAAGGCCGAGCGGGCGCGGGUGGUGCGGCCGCCCCUGCUGCUGGACAAGGUGGCGUGCCGGGAGCUCAAGGAYGCGGGCUCCUUCCUGCUUGUGCACCUCAACGAGCUGGGCAGCGCUGUGGGCGCCUACAGCUUCCAGGCCGGGGGCCCGGUGCCGUGCCGCGGCUGGAUGGAGGCRCUGCUCCGCGCCCAGGCCCUGCUGCAGCGGCUGCGGCUGCAGGAGCAGCAGCGCAGCCGGCGCCGGCGCCCGCGGCAGCCGCAGCAUGAGGACGACGAGGAGGAUGAGGAGGAUGAGGACACGGCGGGAGGCAGCAGCACCUCGGCGGGCAGCUCACCCACACUACUCCGCAAGAGCACCAGCAGCCUGGACUCGCAGCAAGGCCCCUCGGACGGCUCCACUGAGACCAUUGCGGUGGUGGUUGUGGACGGCGCCGCCGAGCUCUCCUCGCCCGACACCGACGUGGCACCGUUCAGCUCGCCCUCGGACGGGACCUCGCUGAGCACCACGGCGUCGUGCGGCACGCCGCCCGCUGACCCGCCGCCCGGCGCGCGCUCCGCCUCACUCGACAGCGCCUACGGCACGCUCUCGCCGCCCGAGCCGCCGCCGCCUGGCAGCCCCACUGCAGCAGCAGCUGCAGCAGCACCGUAA